AUGUUCAGGCUUAGUGGUAUUGCUAAAAAUACUGUUCGUAGAGCUUAUACACCUUUGAUACCUGUCAUUUCUCGCAAGUUUUCGGGUACAAAAAUCAAAAAGUAUGCAGAACUUCCACCAACAACAUCGCAUUCAACAGCCUCAGAAGUUCAGUCCUCCAAAAAAAUAAAACCUCCAAGCACUCUUGAUAAAACAGCACAACUAUUCUUUUUUACUGAAAUGUUGAGAGGCAUGUGGGUGGUACUAGAACAGUUUUUUAGACCUCCUUAUACAAUUUUUUAUCCUUAUGAAAAAGGACCAUUGAGCCCUAGAUUUAGAGGUGAACAUGCUCUAAGAAGAUAUCCUACUGGUGAAGAAAGAUGUAUAGCUUGUAAGUUAUGUGAGGCAAUUUGCCCUGCACUAGCUAUUACAAUUGAGGCUGAAGUAAGGAAUGAUGGUAGUCGUCGAACAACACGUUAUGAUAUUGAUAUGACAAAAUGCAUUUACUGUGGAUUAUGUCAGGAGGCUUGCCCAGUUGAUGCAAUAGUCGAGGGGCCUAACUUUGAGUUUUCAACAGAAACGCGUGAGGAAUUGUUAUACAACAAAGAGAAACUUCUUGCUAAUGGCGACAAAUGGGAGCCAGAGAUUGCAAAAAACUUGCAAGCAAAUUCAUAUUAUGUGUAA